AGAAGAUAUUGAAUCGAAUUUUGUUAAGUUUUGAAAACAAGAGGAUAAUACAAGACAUCAAUAAAAAUUAGAAAAACAGAAGCAAUUUAACUUUUUUUUUGGAUAGGAAAAUGGAUCAUCAAAACACAGGGCACGAAAUUUCGACAUUGAGUAGUACAGAUCAAGUGCUACAGAGCGACCAACAACAACAAUUGCAACAGUUACAGUAUGCGCAGUACAAACCGCAGUUUUUGAAUCAACAACAGCAAGCACAGGUAAACAAACCGGCACCAGGGACAGCAGACUACUAUUUUGAUCAGGUCGUGAAUACAUGCUCAGAACACCCAGUGUUAUCUAGUGUGGGAGGGCUCGCGUUGAUAUAUUUUGCCAGUGGGUUUAUCAAGUCCAAACAACCGGGAAUCAAUGGAAGAGCGUUUUUGAAGGGUGGAUUUGGCAACAAAAUGUCAGCAAACGAAGCACUUCAGAUCUUGAAUCUCAGAGAGAGCACCUUGACCAAAACUAAGUUGAAGGAGAGCCACCGAAGAAUCAUGUUGUUGAACCACCCAGACAAAGGUGGUAGCAGAUAUUUGGCCACCAAAGUCAACGAGGCCAAGGACUUCUUGGAGAAGCGUGGCGGAUUGAAGAACAAAUGAGCAGCGCAAGCACCACCAGC